UUUGCAAUCAGCUGUUUGACUCAAAAGUUUUUGCAAGUUUUGUUUAUUUCGCUUAAAAUGUAGUUUUAUCGUUAAUUAGGGAAUAUUAAAGUAACAUUAUAACAAUCGUCAAAAGUGUUUUGCAACUUCAACUAGUACGUUCCAUUAGAGCCAUCCGUGUGCUCGAGUAUGGAUUCGGACUGCGAGGGCGCAAUGGCGUUGGCGGACGACUCCGGCCACUUUAGCUGCACCAGCGACGAUGGAGGAGGAGAUCCUGGUCAGAAACCGGAGCCGGAACCAGAACAAUCGAUGUUUCUGGUGCGGCAGGAGCUGCUUCGGACACGCAGUGAGGUGGAAAGGCUAUUGAAAUCAGAGCAGUGGUACAAAAAGGAGCUAAAGUCCCAGAAGCACAGCAGGCUUGAGACGCUAGAACGAUUGUACGCACAGGAGCGGAAGUAUUUAAUGGAGAACCAGAGGCUACAGCAAGAAUCGAUCCGCCUGCAUACAAAAUGUGCCACUCUGGAGAAGCAGCAGGAGCAGGGGUCACAAAUUUCGCCAGGUUCAUCGCCACUUGAAGUGGACUCUGAGUCCCUUGACUCUUCCUUUGAGGCCAAACUGCAGGAGGCGCGCUUACGGGAUCAGCGUCAGUUAAUAGACGUGCUCCGAAAGCAAAAGAAGAUGCUUCUGGACGACAUUCAGAAGCUCAGCCUGGAACAUGAAGAGAAACUUUCGCAGUUGCAGCAGACUGUGGUUGGUAUGGAGCUGGAAAGCAAGCACGUAACUGGGAAAUGCAAGCAACUACUCGACCUAAAAAGUCAAAUGGAGUACCAGCUAAAGCUGAGGAGCACUGCCCUGCGCAGCGUCACCGCAGAGCGGAAUCAGCUACGACAAGUCAUUGGUGAGCUUAACGAGACGCUUCAAACCCAGGAGCACCUGCUAGCGUUAAAAGAACAGGAGUUCCUCGAUUUGAAACAGUACUACCAGCAAAAGUUGACCCGGGAGAGCAGCAUAGAAAUUAUGCACUCUUAUAGCAUGAAAUUUCACGAGGCGAUUAACAGUAAGACAAGUGAAAUCGCCAGCCUAAAGAAUUCCCUUAACGAGCUUCAGACCGAGCUGAUGCUGAUGUCACAGCUAAAAGAGCAGUGCGAGGAACAGCAGCGUCAACUUGAGCAACUGGAGUUCACAUUGCAGGCAAAACUUUUGGAGGAGGGUCAGCUUCGGCAAAGCAAUGCUCUAAAACUGGAGCAAGUGGAGAAUUUAACCAUUUCUUUGGCUUCCUUACAACUAGAAAAGGAAGGCUUAAAAGAACAUGUUUGUGAGGCGCAAACUACCUUGAAGAUUCUAGAGCAAAAGGUGGAUAUUCUUCAAAAACAGUAUGCCGAAAUGUGCGUCUUGUGUCAAAAGACCAAACAGCAAUUGGAACUGGAGAAAGUCGAAAUUGGCAAAAUAAAGCAGAACGGUUCCUUAAGGGAAAGUGAGUUGAUGGAUAAACUCAAAGGUUAUGCAGCGCAGUGUGAUGAGCUAAGAAAAUCAUUGACCGAAGCUGAGUCUCGUAUCGAUAUGCAAAGCAAAAAGACAGAGAGCUGGCAAGCGCAGCUAAAAACAAUCGAACGAACAAGCCAGUCGUCCCAAACGGACCUUGAAGAACCUAUUUUAAUUCAGCGCAUUGAAACAUUGGAACAGCAACUAGCGGAUGUCAAGAGCCAGAAAUUACACACAGUUUCGCUGCUCCAAAAACUCCUCCAACAGCAAGAAGCUAAAAUCAAGAGCACUAACGAAAUGGAAGCAGACUGGCUACAACUGUUAGAUGCUCUGCAAGCUACUCAAAGCUUGGAGCAGGAAAUGCGGGCAGAGCUUCAGCAUAAGACGAUUGAAUUGGAGCACCUGAAUGAACUCUUCGCUGGACAAAAUGACGAACUGCAGAAGCUCCAGAGAUUGAGUCAGGCCAAAGACGAGGAGAAGCAACUAGAAUUACAGCUUUUAAAGGAAUCAUUCCAAGAGAAUAUGGAGAUACACUCUGCAGCUUCGAUCAACAUGCAAAGGCUGCAAAGCCAGGUAAAGUCUUUGCUAGAUGAGAAGGAAGAAACUGCGCGAGAAGAACGCAAAGCAGUAGAGUGUUUGCGAUCUCUCGGUCAAGUUCUCGAGAUGGAAACAGGGAGGAGACUCCCACAUAUAAAAAGCUGGCCUCAAUUGGCCAAACUUCUACGGAAAGAACUGCGAAACGGGAGGGUUAAUAGUCGAAAGGCUGAAGAGCUUCCUGGGCUUAAAAUGAAACUGACUGAGAUUAGCGGAAGGCAUCAACAAGCUUUAUCCAAAAUUAAGUGUCUGGAGCAAACCUUGGCAGUGGAGCGAGCGCGGUUUGAGGCUUCGGACUCGGGAAAAUCGACGGCUAGCAACACGCCUCAGGAGCCCGCCCAUGAGGUGGCUAAUCUAAUUGAUGACUACAAGAAGCUUGUUCAGCAAACCGCCAAUGAAACAUGUCGCCCUCGGAACAGCUUUAUUUUUGAUCUGAUCGAGCGGAGUCAGCUAUGCCAACCGAAUUUGUGCAAGUUAGGCGAGGGUAUUUCUGCCUGCCAGUCUGAUAUGAAGGAGCUAAGCAGGCUUCUCAGUGCUGGCCAAGAACAGAGAAGAGUGGAGCCCAUGCCCUCCCUAAUGGAAGAACUUCGAGCGGUGGCAGAGCACUCUUAG